AUGAAGGUUGUAGCAAUCGCCGUUCUGUUAGCCACCUUUGUGUGCAUUACACAGGCUUUCCCUUUACAAGAGGACCCAGUGCUGGCUGGUUUCCCAGAAGAAUACGCUGAACCUCUUAAUCCCAUCGAGGUGUUCAACGAAGCUUUACAGCGCAGCUGUGUUCCGCUGUAUUGCCACAACAGCUGUGUCAGGCUUGGGUUCUAUACUGGAAGUUGCAGAAGUUCGCGCUGCUAUUGCAGACAUAGAAAUUAA